AUGAUCGCAGAGCUUUCCGAGUCAGCUGAGGGCCAGUCGCCAAUGUCAAACCUCUGGACGAUGGUUACCAAGAACCAUUUGGGACUGGUAGCCGCCGUGGUGGUCUCCACCUUGAUUUCCCACGGUAGACUAACUGCAAAAGAUAUCAGUAAGAAGACCAAGUUCCCUCUUAAAACCGUGAAAACAUCGUUGGUAUCGUUGAUACAGUUGAACUGCGUGUUGUACUGGCAAGAAGGCGAACGGGUGGAUUAUACGUUCCAUGAACAAGGGUUGUUGGUGUUGCUCCACAGCGGACAGAUCAUUAACCAUAUAAGAGAAACAUACGACCACGAAAGUGCUGCCAUCAUCCAGAACUUGAUCCAAAUAGGCAGUAUUCGUGUGGAGGAUUUGGUCAAAGAUGCUGACGUGGACACCAGGUACCUGGUGGAAAUCAAGUUGGCGAAACUUUUCAGUGAUGGAUGGGUAAAACCAUUACAAAAACACGAUUUCAACCCCAUAGAAGACUUGUGGAACCAGAUCUACCAGGCCACCAUGAAGCAGUUGCCACGUUCUGCAACCGUGAGUGAAAUCAAGCGGGUGGCUGAGGCCAAAGAGGCAUCUCGCAUAAAGCUCACCAACUUGGUGGAGAGCUUACCAACUGGAAUGUUUGACAAGAGAGAUGGCAUGAAGGUGUUGAAGCCACAAACGCAAAUAGCCUUUUCUUAUGCCCGGUACCAACGACACACGCGCACAAAUGCCCUUGUGAGCUUGUGUGAAUCCCGUAUAGGCCCGCUCACGGCCUCGGUAUACUCGACCGCAUUGAGUUUAAUCGAGAAAAGCAGCCCUGAGGUGCACCAUUUUCUAACCAGCAUCGAUGGGAUGAUCUUAGAUCCAGAGGAAAUGGUUCGGUUUGAAACCGAACUUGAAAAUAGACUCAUAGACAACAAGGCAAUGGUUUUCAAAGCCCACGACGUGGUGAAGCACUUGCACCCACAGUUGGACUUGGGCAAGAGUGUGUUAACACACAACUUUUUGAAGCCCGAAACCACCCGAAAAAGAGUGGUGAGUUUUGGAGAGAUGGAGAGAAAGUUGAAGAAGCCCAAAAUCAAGAUGGAGAACUUGGAACUGCCUCUCGAACAAGAGGAUUUCGCCGACACCGUGCGCAGCGAAACUGCAUCGUUGGUCAACCACCACCUCAAACUCUUAUCGUCAUCCUCGGCUAUACCGUUCAUUGUGGAACUCAGUCCCGGCACAUUCACAGUGCCGUUCCACAAGCUCAAGCAGAUUGUGUUGGAAUACAACUAUGACGAGGUGAUGAAGAAGACAGUGGGCAGUGACGGGCUACGGAUCUUGCGGUGUAUCAAGCAGAUGAAGCUUGUUGAUGAGAAGACGGUUGCACACUCGGUGCUACUCAAAGAUAAGCUUGUGCGAAACGAGAUCUAUAAGCUUGUGCAGCUCAAUGUGAUUGAAAUCCAGGAAGUCCCCCGAAGCAACGAUAGAGCUGCGUCCAAGACAUUCUAUGCUUAUCGGUACAAGCAGCACACGUCCUUCAAUUUCUUCAAGAACACCCUUGUAUAUAACAUGGCCAACAUUCUCCAUCUCAUCGACCAGUUCAAGGGCGAGCACAAGGUGUUAUUGGAUAAAUGUGAGAGAGAAGAUGUCAAGGGUCAUGAAGCAGAGUUGCUACUCGACAGCGAACUCAGAACUUUAAAAGGGUUAAAAUUUCGUGAGAUCAAUAAUAUGGGGAAGCUCCAUCGGCUUCUCGCGAUGUACGAAAUUUUCAGUCGAUGGUAA